AUGUCUGAAGAAGGUCACUCAAAGAAAUUUUCUCUUUUCAAGAAAAAAACACAAAAAGAAGCGGAAAAUAAUACCGCUGACACUCCAUCAGCUACUGUUUUUGAUGAAACAUGCUUAAAUUUUCAACUAAAAGGUGGCCCUUAUCAGACUUCUCUAAUAGAAGCAUGCGCAACAAUGAAAGUUGGCCCUAAUAUUGGGAUGCCACUACCUUUGAAGUGCACAUGAUAUAGGGCUACAAAUGAAAAUCAGUUCACUCCUAUCGAUGGAGUUUAUGGCGCUUUUUAUCAGCCAAAUGCUGAUGAUAUAGGCUGCAAAAUUUGUGUGCAUGCUGUUCCUCUCUUCUUAUGUUUUAUGUUUCUCAGUACCUAACAUGCCACUCUGUUAGGCUACGGCGCUCCAAAGUGAUGACGUCACCAGGCAUUCAUAUGUAACGCCAUAUUUUCAAGCUGACUAAGGAAUCCAAAGCAAGCUUGCCUCUAGCUAACCAUAAAAAACCUCACAGUGAGUAUUUGCACUCGCUCCCUUUACUUAGCUCCUUCGGGUGCUCCACCUGAGAGUUACCUUCUUCGCGUGUGCUGAGAGGAAAAAACCUUAAGUCCCUUGAUGUACUUGGAGCAGUUCUCGGCCUUAAAUUGCUGUUGCUAUGCAGAGAAGUUCUCCAGGAAAACCUUAAAACCAUUAAUAAAAUAUAUGAGGGGACUUAUCAGAGCUUAUUUCUUUCGAACUAAAUGCCAUUUUAUUAAUGCAUAUUGUUCCUGUCAGUGAAGCUGAAGAAUAUACAGGAAUGCCCGCAUUCAGUGAAAUAGGACCUAUUCAGAUAGACCCCCAAGUGCAAUCCUCAGUUCAAGAAAUGCUGAAAAUAAACUCAGGCAUUUUCAUUGCAAAUUUAAUAGGAGGAAGCUCGAAGGAAUUAGUGCCUGGAUAUGUGAUUAUUAAGGUAGAAGAUGAAAAAAUGAAUAUUGCUUAUCAAAACGACAAAAAGAUAAUUUCUGUUAGCAUGGAUAGGGAAUUUCCACAAAUCCAAAUCCAUCAUCGUACUAAUACAAAUUUUUCUAUUGUGUUUAGAGACAGAAAGCUUGAUUUUUCUACUGAUAAGCCUUUUGAAAGAGAUAUUAUAGCAAUUUCAAUACGAAUGUUUUGCAGCAAAAUUAUCACACAAGGUCAGUCUGACUUGCUAUUUAAAAAUCAAGAGCUUUCAUCUAGGCUAUUUGAUUUAAACAAAGACUAUGAAGUUGCAAUUUCUGCUUUGAAUUUGCUAAAAGAAAGUAAUGAAAAGACAAAUAAUAUGACUGAGAAAUACCAAACUCAUGCAAAAGAGCUUGAAAUAGAAAAUACUGAAUUAAGAGAUAAACUCUUGAAGCAAAAUCAGCUGAUAGAAAAAUAUGAAAGUGAGCUGAAAUUUUUAAGACAAGAUAUCAUCAUGUAUAAAGAGCAAAAUGAAACAUUCGAGUUAAGACUAGACCAACAAAAAACUACUGAAAAUGGUUAUGCUCUUUUACUGAAAAUUGUGAAGGAUGAUUUGAACGAUAUCAUUAGACGAUCCCAUCCAUGCGAAAAAUGCAAAAUUAUAGUAGCAUCACUAAUAGAAGUUUUUGGAAAAUUAGAUGGAAAUACUGAUUUGUGUGGUGGAAGCUCUUCGAACUCAAGUGUUAGGUCUUUCCAAGAUGAAAUUUCUGAGAGCACAGAUGAAAAUCAAGACAAAGAAAUCCGUGAAUUGAGAGAAAAAAUCGCAGUUUAUAAAAGCAGGAUAAAACAGCAUAAACAAGAAAAUAUAGACAUCUUAAAUAAAAUGGAGUCUGAAAAGAAUUUUUUCAAAAAGAAAAUCGAGUCUCUAGCAGCAGAAAAUGAAAAACUUCUAUCAAAAUUAGCGAAAACCCCUAAAGAUGUAACUGAUUAUGAAAGAGAAAUAGAAGAGCUUAAACAGCAAAAUAUAGCGCUUUCGUCUGAAUUAAAAAGAUCUCAAGAGUUAGCUUCAAAUUUUGACCAGCUUAUUAAAUUAAAUAGAAAGAGACUUGAAGAGGAAAUUGAGAGGAAUAAUGAAUUAAGAAAAAUUUUCACAAAAACUCAUACAAUGUCUACAUUUGAUUAUCAAAAAAUAAUAAAUUCUUUAACUCAAUCAUUGGCUGAUCGAGAAGAAGAGCUGAAACAAAUAAAGCAUUUGAAUAGAGAACUCUCAAAUAGGGUAUCAGAACUAGAGAGAGCAGCUAGGCAGCCCAUAAGUGUAUAA